AUGAGCGGUGCUGACAUCUUGGAGAAAACCACUCGUGGCGCUACUUUCCUGAUGAUGGGCCAGUUAUUCAGUAAGAUUGUUACAUUUUUGCUGAAUAAUACUCUAGUGAGGUACUUAUCGCCUAGAAUAUUCGGAAUUACUGCCUUUCUAGAGUUUAUUGUUGGGACUGUGCUGUUUUUCAGUAGAGAGGCUAUCAGACUAUCUACGCAAAGAAUUGCGGAUGGUAAUGAUGCUGACAAUGAUCAUGAUCAUGAUCGUGAUGACUCUGCUCUUCAAGUUUGUGUCAAUUUCGCUAUGAUUCCUCUAUUCAUUGGUAUACCGCUGUCAAUUGGGCUAAUAGCGUGGCAAUAUCAUAACAUUAAUGGCUAUUUUGUUACUUUACCAUUUUUCCAAUGGUCUGUCUUUGCGAUUUGGGUAGGUAUCAUAUUAGAACUUGUGAAUGAGCCUUUAUUCGUAUUGAACCAACAUUUUUUAAACUAUGGAGCUAGAUCAAGAUACGAGAGUAUAGCAGUAACAGCUAACUGCCUCGUAAAUUUUACUGUGGUAUAUUCAUAUGAGAAAAAACUCAUUCUUACAUCUUAUUUUGACGACUCUGAAAGAUUCAGAGAAGGUAUUGCUAUUUUAGCGUUCGCUCUCGGUAAGCUUGCAUACGCCGCGACCCUAUUGAUGUGCUACUACUACAACUACUUGAUGAACUUCAAAUCAAACAAGCCAUUUAAAUUAUCAUUACAGAAAAUCAAAUCCAAGGUAAAUGAAAAACAAACGUACUACUUCCGCUCUGAUAUACUGGAGCAUUUUAAAAAGGUCUAUUUCCAACUGUGUUUCAAGCAUUUACUGACUGAAGGUGACAAAUUAAUUAUUAACACAUUCUGUACAGUGGAGGAACAAGGCAUUUAUUCCUUAUUAUCCAACUAUGGGUCGUUGAUAACAAGAUUAUUAUUUGCUCCAAUUGAAGAAUCCUUACGUCUACUUCUAGCCGUUUUGCUCUCUAAAAAAGACUCUAAAAAUCUUCAAUUAUCAAUGAAAGUGUUAGUGAAUUUAACUAAGUUCUAUCUUUACCUCUCGUUACUAGUUAUGAUUUUUGGUCCAAACAAUUCUUCUUAUCUAUUGCAGUUUUUGAUUGGAUCUAAGUGGUCCACAAACUCAGUUCUACACGCUAUCCGUGUAUACUGUGUAUAUAUUCCAUUCCUUUCUUUCAAUGGUAUAUUUGAAGCUUUCCUUGCUAGUGUUGCCACAGGUGAUCAAAUUCUACGCCACUCCUACUUUAUGAUGAUGUGUUCGUUUGCUUUCCUAAUUAACAGUUGGAUAUUUAUAGAAUACCUAGAUUUAUCCGUGAACGGCCUGAUUAUCUCUAACAUAAUCAAUAUGUCGCUGAGAAUUAUUUACAGUUUCAGUUUUAUUGUGAAAUUUUACCGGGAAUUACACACAGAAUCUUCAAUUUUUAUGAACUUCACUAACUUCAAAGCUACAUUAGGUGCGGCUGCACUAGUAGCUAUACUAAACUGGCAAAUGGUAGGCUACGUCUCCAGUUUCAACGGGUUUAUAACAAGUGCAACACUAGCAUUAAUCUUGUUGUCUGUAAUCUUAAUCAAGGAGCGCGCAACUUUGAAUGAGCUAAUUAUUAACAGAAGAGCUGCAAAUAUGAAGUCGGUUUGA